GUUUAGACUUGUAAAAGGCCGUCUGUGUUUCAGCCGAGGAAGAGUUCAGAAUCCUGUUUUGCUACACGGAGAAACAAAGAGCAAUGGCUAGCAGGCAACUGUGGGAAUGUCUUAUUGUCCUCCUGACCUUCUUUGCACAUAGAAGUGCAGCAGCAGCCCAAACUGUAAACCAGGAGCUGUCUACGAUAAUCUGUGACCUCUGGAAGUUAGACGUCAAUCGAUUUACGCCUGAGACUGACUAUAAGAUCUCGUUACAGGGUCGAGCUGCUUUCAUACCGAAAGGGAGCAAAUUUGUGGUCGAUCACGCUUCAUCCCCUCUUUUCUCCUAUGUGGAUGAGAAAAAGCUGCAAUCCAUCAUCACAUAUGCAAAGUUCAUGAAGCUGCUGGAUAACUAUGAAAGGUCCACUGGUGUAGCCGAGAAGGUGACUAGUGAAGAGAUUGCUGAGAAUAACGCUUUCCUGGAUGCCAUCUUAGACACAGCGGUCAUGAAGAGGGCUCACCAGUAUUUAGUUCAAAAGGGAAAAUCAAACUCAGACCUAAGGCAGUUCAAGAGUCAGCUGUACUACAUGUGGUUCCGACUUUACCACAGAGAUCGGACUGGAGGGGCAGACUCCAGUGGCUUUGAACAUGUGUUUGUUGGCGAGACAAAAUCCGGCAGUGAUAUUAUGGGUCUCCAUAACUGGGUCCAGUUUUACCUUCAAGAAAAGCAAAAUCUCCUUGAUUAUAAGGGUUACAAAGCAACAAGAAAUGAUAUGCCGGAUGCAGAUGAUCAAGUCUUGAAUGUGCAGUUCAGCUGGCAUGGCCUGCUGAAGCCAGUGGGCAGUACUUUCAUUGGUGUCAGUCCUGAGUUUGAGAUGGCAGUGUUUACCAUCUUCUUCCUGACAUCCACCGAGAAAACUAGCACUGCGGUGGUGAAUAUGGACCAAUACCAACUGGAGCUUGUUGUCAACCGACGUGGACGCUCCAUCGGCACUUCCUACCCCAAGCUACUGAGCAGCAACAACAGACACAUACUAAACAACUGAGCUUUACUUUUAAACAGUUGAUUUUUCUGCUUGUAGCAUUCGAGAUUCAACUUGAUAGUUAAUAAAAAUAAAAUAGACAAGACUUGACAUCACUUUUUAGAAUAAGCUAGCGUCUUUUAAAAACCAUUACAUGUAGCAUGUGUCUGAGCAUUAAAGACAUGUUUUUAUUUGACAAAAGGAACUGAUAAAACUUGUCCCUGCAUUUAGAACAAACAAAACAACUCUUAAUUGAAGAGCAUGUCAUUUGAAAGAUAAUGCAUAAAUUGUGGGUUUUGCAUAAUGGAAUCAACCGAUUUUUUUAACCAUUGUUAAUAAAUCUUAGCAAAGUAAAA